AUGCUGUGCAACACCCCACAAGUAUGUCUGAAAUCUAGAAAACCCCCUUGGAUCACUGCUCAACACCUUAUUCUGACAAACUUUAAUUCAACCACGGAAUGGCGUACUGCAUGGAAUAAUCUUACACUAGAGAAUGCUGACUUAGUCGUUGGCCCUACACAACCUCUGGAGGGUUUCAAACUACCCCGUCAAGAGUGGGUAUCUUUAAACAGUAUCAGAACCGGUCAUGGAAGGUGUGGUUAUUCUAUGCACCAGUGGAAGCUUCGAGAUAAUCCUGCUUGUGAUUGUGGAAAUGCGGCUCAGACAAUACAACACAUUGUGUCAGGCUAUCCUAAAAAAAAAUUCGAAGGUAAAAUGAGUGAUUUCUUUAGAUUAACAAGUGAAGCUCUUGAUUGGAUAGCUACCUUGGACAUCAGACUGUAG